CCUAUACCUACAAUAAGUAACUCAGCUCAGCAAGCUAACGCUGAAUCACGUGAACUGGUGUCGUCCUUCUCUACCUGUACUUGACCACAUCAUGCAAUUCAUUGUUUCCCGUCCCAUCUCGUCCACUAUACCCCUACCCAACCCACCUAACUAACAACCGCCCAUCUUCGAGGCUUCUCCCGCGCGUGGGAUGCUUCGACAGCAUGACCUGGGCUUCCAAGUUCACCACGGCCCUGGGGCUGCUGCUUUUGGCAGAUGCCUGCUAUUCCGCCUAUGAGCAUUCCGUUCUCCAAUCGCACCGAGCCGCGUCGCUGUCCUCGCUAGCGGCAUCGCACGGCGGCUCGACCACGUCCCUCCCUAUCGACAUCGUCAUCGAGACCGUUGUCGCCACCUUCACCAUCUGCUUGGGCAUGGUGUUGGGCACCUCCAAGCUGCGGCCGAUCCAAUGGCGGGUCUGGGCCGGGAAGAUCGAGAGAGAGGGCGAGGCUGGCUUCGUGAACAGCAGCGGCAAGGUGGAGAAGGACUUCAUCGGCAACCCGUUCCGGCUGCUGGAGAGCCGGCCCGGGUUUGUGGAUAUCCGGAGGCAGAGGAGAGAGUUCGCCGCGUGGGCCAAGGGCCAGUAGACGACGCAGCCGGUACGGAUCGUGCGGAUUUGACGUCUCCCUCCGUUCCCUGGAAAACAAAUAAACCAGACCAAUCAGGGUUACCUACUGCCGCUGUCUCGCGCUCUGCCGCGUGCGCCGAGCAGUAGGAGGGCUGUACCCUUACCAAUAUGUUUCCCGGCGAGACACAAUUUUUGGAGAGCGCAGGAGCAUCUAGAAGGCAGGUGGCUAUGUACCUCCUAACCAAAGCCUCUAUAUGCAUAUUUUGGGCGGGAGUUGGUGAGUGCAUCUAUUCCUAGGAGGUACCUAGGUAGUUAGUUAGGUAACUAGGUAACGACGCUAUGCAGGUAAUGAGGCGCGCAGUUCAAGUUAGUACCUACCUGGAUACCUAUCAUGGGCGGGAAGGAGGAGUUCUCAAAAGAGUAUCAGAUUUCCGGGGAAGGCACCCAGGUAGGAGUCGCUACUUCCACGGGGUAAUAAAUCAUGUACGGAGGUAUCAAUUCCUACCUUACCUAAUCUUGAUAGGUAUUUAAAUCACCAUUUGGAUGAGA